AUGAUGAGAGGAACAAAUUUGCAACAACAAGAAGCAACUUCAUCAUCAGCAACAACAGAGGAUAUUUCCACAAGUACUAUUGUUAAUAAUCAACAAGAUGGAGGAAUUGCUACUCAAGAAAAGAAAUGGACUAGUGGAAAUACUUCUAUUGAUUUUUCCAAAGUUGAACUUUAUUAUGACCAAGUUUCAUCAUGGCAAUUAUUGAAAACCUAUACUGCUUUAACAAGUUGCAGAUUGCCAGGUGUUAGAACUAUUGGUGCUGAAAUUCUUGAGAAAGGAGGACCUGUUGUUUCUCAAGCUGUUAAAUAUUCUUAUUUCCAAUAUUUCUGUGGAGGUGAAACUUUACCAAAAACCAAAAAGGCCAUUGUGGAUGUAACUCAAAACAAAAAAAUGCAUUGUAUCUUGGAUUAUAGUGUUGAAGGUCCAGUUCAACCAUUGGAAACUUCUGUUAUUAAUGUAGAUAGCUCAGAAGUUGUUGAAGAUUCUAUUUGCAAAGUAAUUGCUGAAUCAAUUGAAUUUAUGGGAGAACAAAAUAGAGCCAUGAAGAGAGAUGGUAUUAAUGAGCCACUGCCUUGUCCAUUUGGUGUUGUAAAAGUUACUGGUAUCUCUAGUUGUAUCCUUUUGGAAAGAUUGAGUAAGAUUUUAUGUUAUGUUCAAUUAUUCCCAGAAUCUGAACAUGCCAAGAAAUUGCUCAAUACUAAUAUUUAUUUCUUUGGAGAUAUUGCCUCUGAUGUCAGCACUUUUGAUUUAAUGAAAGAAUAUACUGUCAAGCAAUAUCCUAGAACUGUUGCAUUUAACUUGAAUGAAAACACACCGCCGGAACCUCUCUCUCAAGUUGAAUUAACAAAAUUGGGUAGAGUUAUUCAAAGACUCACAAUGCUCUGUGAUGCUUGCGUCAAGAAUGGAAUGAGUUUGUUGGUUGAUGCUGAACAAACUUAUUAUCAAGCUGCAAUUGAUCAAUUGUACAUGAUGAUGAGCAUCAAGUAUAAUAAUAAGGAAAUUUUGAAGAAUAGACAAACACCAGUUGUUUAUAAUACCUAUCAAAUGUAUCUUAAGGAUGCUCUCCAUAGAUUACAAUUCGAUUAUCACUUUUUAACUCAAAACGGAUUACAUCAUGGUUCAAAGCUCGUUAGAGGUGCUUAUAUGAAAUCUGAAACAAUUAGAUCUAACGAAAUGGGUAUACCAUAUCCUUUCCAACAAACACUGUUGGAAACUCACGUCAACUAUGUUAGAGGAGUUGAAUUUUGUCUCGAUAAUUUAUAUAGUGAAGGAAAUAUUGGUGUCCUCAUUUGUUCACACAACCAAGACACUUUGGGAAUGAGUAGUAGAUUGUUAACUGAAAAGUAUGGAUUUGAAAAGAAGGAUCCACGUGUUAUGUUUGCUCAACUUUAUGGUAUGGGUGAUAAUUUAUCUCAUGCUUUGGUUUAUCACGGAUAUAAUGUUGGAAAAUAUGUUCCAUUUGGUAGUGUUACUGAUGUUAUGCCAUACUUGGCUAGAAGACUCAUUGAAAAUGGAGAUAUGUUGAGUGGAUCUACUGUUGAAACUCAAAGAAUUAGAUCUGAAAUUGUUCGUCGUGCCGCCAUCUAUUCCAAAGCAGUUUAUUCCAAGAUUGUUCAAUUUAUGGAGGAAAGAAAGAACCAAUCAUCACCCCCACCUACUGCAACUGCUUCCCAAUAA